GGAUGCUGCCCUCGCAGGAAGCCUCCAAGCUGUACCAUGACAACUACGUGCGGAACUCGCGCGCCAUCGGCGUGCUGUGGGCCAUCUUCACCAUCUGCUUCGCCAUCAUCAACGUGGUGGUCUUCAUCCAACCGUACUGGGUGGGAGACAGCGUCAACACCCCCAAGCCCGGUUACUUCGGGCUGUUCCACUACUGCGUGGGCAGCGGGCUGGCGGGCCGGGAGCUGUCGUGCCGCGGCUCCUUCACCGACUUCAGCACCAUCCCGUCGGGCGCCUUCCAGGCGGCGGCCUUCUUCGUGCUGCUGUCCAUGGUGCUGACGCUCGGCUGCAUCACCUGCUUCGCCCUCUUCUUCUUCUGCAACACCGCCACCGUCUACAAGAUCUGCGCCUGGAUGCAGCUGCUGGCAGCGCUCUGCCUGGUGCUGGGCUGCAUGAUCUUCCCCGACGGCUGGGAUGCAGAGACCAUACGGGACAUGUGCGGGGAGAAGACAGGGAAGUACUCCCUGGGCGACUGCUCCGUGCGCUGGGCUUACAUCCUGGCCAUCAUCGGCAUCCUCAAUGCCCUCAUCCUCUCCUUCCUGGCCUUCGUCCUCGGCAACAGGCAGAACGACCUGCUGCACGAGGAGCUCAAGACAGAGAGCAAAGAUUUUGUUGGCACUGCGAGGAUAUAGGGCCGAGCGCCCGCAGCAGGACCCUCCUCAUCCCGCCCUUCAUCUGCUGCCAGCGGCCGCACCGCGUCCCGGGGACGUGCCUCCAUGUCCACGCCGGCACCGCCAUCCCAUGCACCCGCCGCGGGGGAGGCCGCCCCGACCCCGCUCCCUCCGAGAGCAGCGUCCGAACGCGGCUUCGUUCCGAUGAGAAAACAGAGUUUUUAACCGAUUUCUACAUCCCCGACCGCUGCCUCCAGCCCAGCUCCGGGCCCCUUCCUGCUCCCGUUUUGUACAGCUCCGGACCCUGCCCCGCAGCCGGGGGCCGGGGGGAGCCUCAGCCCCUAC